CCUCUUGUCGUUCUUGUUAAAGAACUGUGGUAAAGACAGGCGAUGCUGGGUUGGCAUAUAUAAACACCUUCCUCUCUUUCUCUCGACAAGCCCAUUCAUCAUCUUCACCAUCCAGACCUCACCUAGUCACUCAUUGAACAACUCUACCUACACUCACAUUCACUAAGUCGUUCUUUACACAUCCUUCUGUAAUCAUGAAGUCUGUCAUUGCCAUUUCUUUCGCCACCUUUGGAUGUGCCUGGGCUAGCCCAAUCCUCGCACGUCAAUCAUCAUCUUGCACUUAUAUCAGCAACACUACCGCACUGCCUUACGGUGCCACUGCGUACAUUGACUACACCGUCAAGUCUGGCGAUACUCUGACUACUAUUGCCGCCAACCCGGAUCUCAAGUCUGGAGUCUGCGAUAUUGCCAAAGUAAACUGUAUCAGCAACAUCAACCUCGUCGUACCUGGGGACGUCCUCAAGAUUCCUUCAUUCUGCACCCAACCCGACAACACCAGCUGUCAGCAGCCCGUAUCCGCUUCUAACAACACCUGUGUCAAGGGCGUCCCAGCCAGAUACACCGUCCGUGGUGGUGACUAUCUUAGCAAGAUCGCCGACGACUUCGAGAUCACCCUUGCUGCUCUAGAGCAGGCCAACUCUCAAAUCUCAAACCCUGACCUCAUCUACCCAGGCCAAGUCAUCAACAUCCCUGUUUGCGAAGGCAGCAGCUGCAUUGUCGCUCCCUACCAGAUUAAGAAGGGUGAUCUUUACUACGACCUGGCCCAGACCUACCACACUACCGUUGGCCAGAUUGAAGCCUACAACCCGAACGUGGAUCCUCUAAACAUCACCAUCGGAAUCACUAUUCAAUUGCCUCAGAACUGCAACUGAUUUGCAGUCAGGCUAUAAG